AUGGCACCAGCAGCCAUCUACAAUCCUGUAAAGGAUAGCCUCGAAGCACCGUUAAGUUCUCCUCAAAAGUUCAACGCCUUCUCCUCAAGUGUCAACGAUGGUACUAUACCUAUCGACCCUCCCCUCAACCCAAAGCACCGGUGGUGGUGGGAUAAAUGCGCACCACUACUCAACACCCUGCUCAACAGCGCAGAGUCAUAUACACCGGAAGAGAAAGCAGACCACUUGCGCGUGUUCCGCGAUGUUGUCGUACCUUCGUUCGGAAUCCCAACGCCCAAGGCAAAAGUGAGGCCGCUAUUGACUUACGAUGGAUCUACCUUUGAGCCAUCGUGGAACUUCACCAAAGGUGAUGACGGUGUAAUUCGCUACACUUUCGAGCCCCUAGGAGAUACUGCCGGUUCUACCGAUGACCCCUUCGCUGGAGAAAUUGGGAGAUCCAUGGUUCCCAUACUCUCACAGGUCUCUUCCGACGUCGAUAUGCGAUGGUACGAGCAACUCGUCAGCGCAUGGUUCGUCACUCCACAAGAAGCAGUCGCUGCUCGCCAAGCGAUGCCCUCCUUCGUCAAGCGUAUCCCGCAACUCUUCCUCGCCUUCGACAUGAAGCGUUCAAACCGUAUUCUCAAAUCCUAUCAUUUCCCCGUUCUCAAGCACUUCGCGACAGGAGCGACGACAUCAGAUCUCGUUUUCGACAUGAUUCCCAAGUUGCAGCCUUGUGGAGACAGGCUCGCCGCAUCGGCCGCAAAGUUGCAGAAGUAUUUGGCGACGUGCAAGGAGCCGUGCAUAGUUGAGAUGAUGGCUGUCGACUGCAUCGACCCCAACAAGGCGCGCGUCAAGGUCUAUGCUCGGACAACCUCAAACGCAAAGUCAGUGCUGGCAGACGUCUUCACACUUGGUGGGGCUCAGACCGACGAAGCCACCUUGAAAGGUAUAGAGACCGCGGAGAAGGUGUGGCAUCUGCUCCUGGAUGAGCCCCAAGGCAUGACUGCGGAUCAACGGAAGGAUACCAGAGAUAUGCAGAAUCUGCACAAGGGCAUCUGUUUUGCAUUCGAGCUGAAGCCUGGAGCGGAGCGCAUCGAUAUCAAGGCACAUUUGCCGUGGGGCCAGACUGCAAGCAGCGAUGCGCAGACCAUGAAGAACUUUGCACAAGCCCUCAGAAACUUGGGAUGGGACGAGUCUGCAGACAAGUUCUACCGUGGUACUACAGAAACUUCCAAACUGCCUGGUAGGGACUACUCUAAGCCAGGUGGAUUAUCUUACGUCUCGUACAAUUAUAACGAGACUGGGCCCUACAUGUCUUCCUACUUCUCUCCCAAGGUUCAAGGAGACUAA